AGUGAGGUGCCAUCCUUUUUCGAAUCCUACUAACGCAAAAUAUUUUAUGCAUCAACGGCCUUUUUAUUUUUUUUGUCAUUUUAAUUGGUAGAUACAUACUAAUAAGUAGGUGUAUAUGACAGAGGCAGCUAAACUACAAGAAGAAGAUGCAGUCAUAUGGUCUUUGUCCUUUUAUUGACAAACAAAUCUAACGACUGAUUAUCAUCAAAUCACAACAACAAAGUUAAAUCAAAUCCUAUUUUUUGUUGUUGGAUUUUCACCCUUAUUAGCUGUAUCUAUGUCCUUAUUCAAUUCCCUAUUUUAUUGUUUUUUUAUGCAAAUCAUAUGACGGAUCAAAAUUUACACAAGAUGGAGUAAAGAAAAUGGAGGAUUGAAAUAGAAAAAGAAGCUAAAUUUGUUAACACUAGUGAAUAAGAAACACAAAGACCCAUUAAUCCUCCAGCAGUUGAUGGGUUUUUGUGCACUAUACUAUUGAAUCCAUAUUGAUGAUCUCUAUUUCAAAGCUGGUAAUUCUCUAUGUUUCUUGGUAUUUUCUUUGGGUUUUGUAAUAUUUUCCUCUUUCUUGUCCAGGAAUGUAUUGGUGGUCAUUGAAUUCUUGAUUUGUCAAAGGUGGGAUUUUUAUUCUUUGUCUUGAUCUAUAGGGAAUUGAUCCUAGAUAUUGAGAAGAAGUAGGUAGGUACAGUGAAGAAAAAUUAGAUAUUCAGAUCCCCCAUUUUGCUGAGAGAUGGGUAUUGGGUUGUUAGAGAUUUCAGUUAAAAUGAGGAAAGCUGUAAUCUUUCAUAUUAAAGUGUGUUAUAGGACACUUUGGAGUCAUCCAUUCCUUGUGGGUAUGUUGUGUUUCUUGGCAUUUUUUUACAGAUCAUUUCCUUUUGCGUUUUCGAUAUUGGUGUCUAUCUCUCCAGUUCUUGUUUGCACUGCUGCUUUGCUUGGAACUUUACUAAGUUAUGGUCAGCCUAAUAUACCUGAACUUGAGUGGGAGGAAAACAAAACGGAUCGUUUAGUGCCUUUGGAAACUAAGUUAUCACGAGAUGUUACUCGUGUUGAGGUCACGGAGAGGUGUUCUGAUCUAGAGAGGGAUAAAAUAGACCAAUCAACGUGUAGUGAGGUUCAUAGGGGUAAAAGAUUUGGUGAUCAUUCUGCUCUAGUUGGUGGAGUUUUCGUUGGUGGAAUUUCUGGGCUAGUGGCCAGGGAGUUGUAUGAGAAGAAGAAUGAAGAGAAAAUUAGUGAUGCGGAACUCAUGGGGAAUCAGUAUUCUCCCACUUCGAAGGUGGAUGAUGAGAGCGUUGAUUUUGAUAAUCGCAAAUCAGUUGAUUCCUUUGAUUCUAGAAGGGUUAAUCUUGAUUCUCCUCCCGGUUCACCUUGGAAACGUAGGGAGGAGGAAUACGACAGGGCAUUAUAUUCAGGUUCUGAUCGAGCAGAGAGCUCCUCUCCAGAUGCUUCAAUAGCUGAUAUUAUGCCAAUGCUUGAUGAGCUCCAUCCGCUUUUAGAUAUAGACACUCCUCAACCUGUUGGUUUGUCACGUGAUGUUUCUCAUGCUCCUUCAGAAAGUUAUAGCAGGUCCUCCGAGAGUGAUGAUGAAUCUGAUGAUGAUUCUGAAGACCAGGAAGAACUAGAAGUUGCAGAUGAUGAAAAUGAAGAUGGCGAAGAUGAAGAGGAAACACGCGAUAAGGAAGAUCCAAAGUCUGCUAUUACAUGGACGGAGGAGGAUCAGAGAAAUCUGAUGGACUUGGGAACCUCCGAGCUAGAAAGGAAUCAAAGAUUGGAGAGUCUUAUUGCUAGGAGAAGAUCACGAAAGAACAUGGGUUUUGUAGAGGAGAAGAAUUUAAUAGACUUGGUAACUGCUGAUUACAUGCCUCCCAUUUCAACAGCAAGACAGAACCCUUUUGAUCUUCCUAAUGAUAACUAUGGCCCUGGACUACCUCCUAUCCCUGGAUCUGCUCCAUCUGUUUUGUUGCCUAGGCGGAACCCAUUUGAUCUUCCUUAUGACCCAAGUGAAGAGAAACCGGAUCUUACAGGAGACACUUUCGAACAAGUGAUUAUUCCAUCUCAACCAAAAGAGCCAUUUUUUAGGAGGCAUGAAAGUUUUAGUGUUGGGCCCUCAAUCUUUGGGCUGCACAGGCAAGAAAGGAGAGAUUCCCGUUUUAGACCUUAUUUCGUCCCUGAUGUGAUGGCUGCUGAAGGAACAAGUUAUUCAGCAUUUCAAAGGCUACCUAGUGAUGUCAGUGAUUCCAAGGUAAGUUCUGUUCUUGGAACAGAGUCACAGGGCUCAAUUGAAGAUCUGGAAGACAAGAACCUCACUGAAGAAGAUGUAGAAGACAAGAAUCUGAGUGAAGAACUAGAAGGCAAAAACCAUACAGAUGAACAUUUCUUCAAAGAGCCACAGCUGAUAUCUGAGAUAGAGCAUGCUUCUGAGGAUGUUGGACAUGGAAGCGCAUCCUCCGAAGAAGUAGAAUGUCUGGUCCUAGGUGCAUCUGAUAAGAGAGAUAUUGAGCUCGAUGACACUACUGUUAAACUAGCCAAUGUGGAAAAUCAUCAUGAAGUGGUACCAAUUGUGUUCCAUGAAGAAAAUCCAUCUAAAAUUGGUUCAAAGUCAGCAACUUCUGAACAAAAAUACAGUAGUCAGUCAAGCUCCUCGUCGUCAGAGGUAAGUGAAAGGAUCUUUACUGACAAAGUAGUAGCGAGAUUAAGUUCAGAGGACCUGAUGUCUCAUGUUGAAACCAUCUCUGAGCAGCGCUCACCGCAUGGGUCAGAUGUGAACAUCACAAGCAGUUCAGUGGAUGAGAGUUCACAUGUGGAACCUAUUUAUGAUGCCAGUCCUCCUUCCAUUAAGAAAAAUACUUCUUCCUCCUCAAUUGCUUCAGAUGUGCUUCUAGAAUCUGGACUGGGGCUGGCCCCUGAGAGGGAACCUGUGGGAAAUAAUCAAGACAUUGAGAAGUCCAUUCCGAAUAAGGAACGGAUAUUUUCAUCAGCAGAUUCCCAAGAAUUGCGGCCGAGGGAGGCAGUAACUGACAAAAAUGAGCUUGGUGUUGCAAAGUUGGAGAUAUCAAAACAUGAUGAAGUCUCUGGCGGUACAAGUGCUCCUCCAGUGACUGUAGCAGAUAGUCAGGCAUCUAUUGAUUCGAAAUCGUCCACAAAAGAAGCACCUGUUUCAGUGGAGGAAGCAAGGACCAUAGAGAGCUUUAAUGUGUCAAAAAUUCAAGAAGUUCCUCCUAGUAUCAAUGCUCCCAGGAGUCCCGAGUCUGUUCUUAAGCCAGCUAAUGCUAAGGUGGCAACUGAAAAAUCUGAGAGUUCGAAAAAUGGAGUAGUGCAUAAGGGGUCAAGUUUGAAAGGCGAUGAGAUGAGAUUACCAACUCCUGAACCAAAACCAGCUGGAGACAUUGAUUUGAUUCAAAAGUGUCUCCCUGAAGAGAAUGCUGACAGAGACAUCUUUCAUGAUUCAAUUGGUGACGAUGUUCAUGCAAGAGGAGACAUCUUUCAUGAUUCAAUUGGUGACGAUGUUCAUGCAAGAGAAUCCAAAGACAAGGGCGCUUCUCUACAUUCACAGAAUGUCGGGACAGACUCGGCGUUGAAACAAGUCUUGAAAAAUGAUAUAGAUAAACCAAACAUGAGUCUUCAGCAAGAAUCAGAAACUGAAUCACGUGAAGCCAGCUCAUCCAAGAGCUCAGAAUCAAGUCUUAAGAAAGUUGUAUCUGAAAGAAGUGAAGCUAAUGCAGGCAAAAUAGAUCAAAAAGUUGUAAAACAAGAAGAUAAGGCAACAACCACCAAAAAGCCAGAUCAUGCAGUUGGGUUUCCUCAAGAGACGGGUGGAGUUACAGGUGAUGUCAUAGGCAAGAAAGAAAACCACACAAGUCCAGCAACAACCACCAAAAAGCCAGAUCAUGCAGUUGGGUUGCCUCAAGAGACAGUUGUAGUUACAGGUGAUGUUACAGGCAAGAAAGAAAACAACACAAGUCAGGCAACAACCACCAAAAAGCCAGAUCAUGCAGUUGGGUUGCCUCAAGAGACAGGUGUAGUUACAGGUGAUGUUAUAGGCAAGAAAGAAAACCAAACAAGUCAGGCUCAAGAUCAAGUUCGAGUGACUUCAAAAGAGAAUGAGGAUAGCUAGAAAAUUGGGAGAACAGAGGUAUCCUUCAGGUUUCUUUUCUGAAACAUCUAUUUUCUUAGUUAGUGGGUGAAUGAUUAGAGGUUCAAGUUGGUUCAUUCAUGUUUAGGUUAUGGGUAGUUAGUAUUCUUUUUUUCUUUUUCGGUUGUGCAUUUGUCAGAGCAACAGGUGAACUGCAUAUUCUUCAAGAAUAAAAUCUAUUUGGUUUCUUGAA